UCCUUCCACGAACAAAAAAACUCUACAGUCUGGUUUUUUUUUUCCUUCUUCGCUUCUCUCUCUUUCUCUCUCUUGCUGUGGGAUUUUAGGGUUUGCUGGAACUAAUUUACUUCGUCUUCCCAUCACUGGAAGCUUCUAUAUCGGACUGAUUUUCUUUCCAAUGUCUGUUGAUUACUUGAAGUUCUUUUGUCGGUGCAACGACUUCCAAUUCUUCGGGCUAUUUCUGCUUGUUGGGGGUUUUGUGCUUCCAAUUGAGUUCAAAUAGUGGGUUUCUUUGUUCAAUCGAAGCCCCCUGCGGUUGUUGCUAUGGCGCCGAGUCGGAGAAAGGGUGCUGGUAAAGCCGCUGUUGCUGCCGCCUCGCGCCGGCAGUGGAAAGUAGGGGAUCUCGUGCUGGCUAAAGUGAAAGGAUUCCCGGCUUGGCCUGCUACGGUGAGCGAGCCAGAGAAAUGGGGUUACUCAGCCGAUUGGAAGAAAGUUCUUGUUUACUUCUUCGGGACCCAGCAGAUAGCCUUUUGUAACCCUGCUGACGUAGAGGCAUUUACUGAAGAGAAGAAGCAAUCUCUUUUGGUUAAACGCCAAGGAAAGGGUGCCGAUUUUGUUCGUGCUGUACAGGAGAUCAUUGAUUGUCAUGAGAAGUUAAAAGAAUGCGAUAAUAAUGAUGAGAUUAUCUCUUCUGAAGAUGUAGCUCGAGUAAAUGGUGGUAGUGUUGUAGAUUCAUCUGCCAACGUUGGAUCAAAAGAUGAAACUGAAGCUCCUGUAGCAAAUAAUAACAAUCUGCAGUCAAAUAAUUCACUUUCUUCUAGAGACACGAGUGAACCGGUUCUUCCUAUAAAAUUUGUGUUGGCUUGUGCACAAGGCAGUUCUUUGCUUGACAAAGUGGCCUUGCGGGAUGAAGCUACUGAUGCUGUUCUUUCUGAGCAACCCUUUCCUGCUACUACCUCCUCUAGGAAAAGAUCUGGAGGAUCAAGAUUAAAAAGCUCUGUCACAAGGAGAAAUGGACCUGUCCAGAAAUCUAGAAGCUCAUCUAGGGUGGAGUCGCGCAGGUUGCAACACCUGGCAAGCCCAUUCAAUAGUGGGGACAUAGUGGCCAAUAACAUUCCUGAAGAGUUAUUGAGACGGAAUAAGCGAAACAGAAAAUCACCUGAUGGAUCUGACUGUGAUGAUGCAACUUCAGAAGCUUUAAUUUCAAAUGUUAGCAUUGAAGACAAUGCUUCUGAAAUUGUUACAGCUGACUCUGAUACCUAUAGCCUGAAUGAAUGCAGCACUAUAGAUUCUGGAUGUAAAUUCGAACACUCAGAAACUGCUGUGCAGUGUUUGGAGAGGGAUGUUGAGCUUGGCAAAGGACUUGAUCUCCAGAUAAAGGCUGUAGUCAUUAGAAAAAAAAGGAAGCCGAAUAGAAAACGAGUGGUCAAUGAUGCAUCUGGAGAUAAUGGUGGUACACAAGACAAGGAGGAGAUUUUGGAGGCUGUGGUGGACAACUCUAAUCAAUGUUCACAAAAUGAUUGUGAGAAUAGGACAGAAAGAUGUUCCAAAGAAGAUGGUGACGAACAUCUUCCAUUAGUGAAACGAGCCAGAGUUCGGAUGAGCAAAUUAUCAUCUUCAGAAGAAUGUAAAAGACAUUCAGACACAGAAGAACAGAACCAAAAGGAAGUAGUAGCUAUCAAUCUUGCUGGAAAAGUCAGCGACUAUUCAAAAACUGCUGAUGGUAGUGUUGAUAGAGGUUUGGAUACAGGAAAUGGUGUUUCGAAUUACACAUCACCUUCGAAGGUUUGCACUCAAUUCUCUGGAAAUCGGUCUCAGCUUUGUACUUUUAAGAAAGACCAACCAUUUUAUUGCUCAGUUGAUGGUGAAUCUGUUUUACCACCAUCAAAACGCCUCCAUCGUGCUUUAGAGGCCAUGUCAGCUAAUGUGGCUGAGGAAGAUCAGGUCGAAGCCGAAACCACUGUAUCAAUGCGAACUUCUAUGAACGGAUGCCUCGUAACUUCUACAUGUAGCUCCUCUCAUUUGCACAUGGAAACCAAAGAGAGUUGUUUAGGGCUGCAGAGUAAACCUUUUUAUGAUGGCCCCUCUGAAGUGGAAGAUCAAGGAUUCUAUACCAGUGUGAAUCACAGAGUCACUGAAGAGAAUGGAAAAACAACUUUAGAAGUCGAAUAUGAUCAUCAAGCAGAUCAAAAUUUACAGAAUCAACAACAAGAUUUCAAGGACGAUGUUGUACUGGAUGGUGGGGGAGAACAUAUUGAUGUCACUGAUAAUCGUGAUUCCCAGCUAGGCUUUCAUUCAGAUAGAAUACUAGUCCAUAUUAAUAGUGUGGAAAACGAGUCUCCUUUUAGAGAACAGGCUAGUAUCAGAUCUAAUUGUGACAAAAUGGAUCGGUUACUUCCUCCUGAGGAUGAAGGAAACACCAAUAUUGCUGGUCCACACGCUAUCAUAUCUGGAAACCCUGACAAGCAUAUUGAAUCUUUGGAAAGUAAUAGGAUGGUUUGUGAACUUGUUGCAGGUUCCAAUGAUAUUUCUAAGCUUUCACAUCAGAAUGGAUCUGAUGAAGUGAAGUGUGGUGGAGAUGACAAGGGUCAUGGAAUAAUAGCCGAGUCCCUGAAGCCUGCACUUGUGAACAAUUGUGAAGAGAACAACAUGCUUGAUGUGAAAGAAGUCAAUGGUAGAGAAUUGGCGAACAAUCAAACAUCUCCUUUUUCUGGUGAUCAUGUUGUUGAAAAAGAUGCAUCCGAAGUACGGUCCAGUCUGUCUGUUGCAGGCACAGGAAAUUCUCUUACAUUGGAUUCAGUUGAUCGUAUCUCAAUUUCAGAUAGUCGUAGUCUUCUACAAAAUAGUAGCAGUUGUAGUCCUCACAAAAAAAGUUUGGGUGCCCCUGCAGAGGAAGUUAAAUUUGAAUCUUCAGUGACUCAAAAAUUAAAACCUAUGGGCAAGGAUGUGGAUGCGCAUGCUGCUCUUUCAUCCUUCGAAGCCAUGCUUGGGCACUUGACUAGGACAAAAGAUAGCAUUGGUCGAGCCACACGCGUAGCUAUUGAAUGUGCAAAGUUGGGUGUUGGCCCUAAGGUGGUUGAAGUUCUCACUCGGACUCUGGACAUGGAAUCAAGCUUACAUAAAAAGUUGGACCUGUUCUUUCUUAUUGAUUCAAUCACACAGAGCUCUCAGAAUCUAAAAGGCAAUUUUGCUGAUAUUUACCCACCAGCCAUUCAGUUGGUGCUCUCACGACUCCUGUCUGCUGUUGCUCCUCCCGGAAUCAAUGGGCAGGAAAACCGUAAACAGUGCAUUAAGGUUUUAAGGCUUUGGUCACAGAGAGGGGUCCUUCCAGAAUCAAUAAUUCGUCUUCAUAUGCGAGAACUUGAGUCCCUCCGUGGCUCAUCCUCUGUGGGUGCCUACUCUCGGCGUUCAUCCAGAACAGAAAGGUCACUAGAUGAUCCUCUCAGGGAAAUGGAGGGCAUGCUUGUUGAUGAAUAUGGAAGCAAUUCGAGUUUCCAAAUACCUGGUUUUUGCAUGCCUCGCAUGCUUAAGGACGAAGACGAGGGAAGUGAUUCUGAUGGAGGGAGCUUUGAGGCUGUUACUCCUGAGCAUACAUCUCAAGGAUGUGAAGAACUCGAGACUCUUCCUGUUAUGGAGAAACGUAGACAUAUUCUGGAAGAUGUUGAUGGCGAGCUCGAAAUGGAAGAUGUUGCUCCCCCUUGUGAAGUUGAAAUGAGUUCCUCUAAUUCUGUAGUUGUAAAUGCCGUUGAAUCUGUGCCUGAUAAGUUUGAGCAGCAUUUUCCUUUACCUAUGGCUCCUCCACUACCUCAGGAUGUGCCACCAUCAUGCCCACCACUUCCAUCUUCCCCUCCUCCGCAGCCUCCGCCUCUGCCCCCUUCAUUCUCCAGGAACGAGUCAUGUGCCAAUGAUUUUGAGUUGGAACGUUCCUAUAUGGAAACUAAUAAUGCUCAAGAUAAUUCGGUGCAAUCAGUGGCUCAAUCAUCAAAUGGAUCUGGGAUUACUCAAAGAACAAGUGAUGCAGUUCAUUACCCGGCCUCAGAACGUAGAGAUCUUCAGAUGCAGAUGCCUGAAUCUACUUCUCGCUCUUUCAGCAAUAUCCCUGCUCGAGUAUUGAAUAAUUCCCAGCGAAGUGAUUCUGCUGCAUUUCACAACAAGGGUUACCCUUUAAGACCACCUCAUCCCCCACCUCAAGAUCAGUUUACCUAUGUCCAUGGAGAUCACCGCAUGAAGCCUCGAUGGGAGGAUCCGCCCGCUUCUUAUUCCAGUAGAUUCCAGUAUGAGGAUGAUACGGACGGCGAAAGCUUCUACAGCGACCAUGAAAGAACGAGACAUUACUCUUAUGAACCACAUGAGAACUGGAGGAUCCCUCGACCUUUCUACGGUUCUCGUUAUCACGAUAGAGGUAGAACAUCUUAUGGUCCUGUCUCUUGCGGUGGAACUCCAUGUGAACCAACAAGAUUACACAGCCAGAGGUGGAGAUUUCCCUCCAGAGAUAUAAACAGUAGAAACUCCAUGCCUUACAGACAACCUUACGAGGGUCCUGUGCGUGUUUCAAAUAGAGGUCCUAGCUUUUGGCGACCAAGAUGAAGAAACACGACCUAAUUACUAGAAAUGGUAGAAAUGAUUUUUUAGCUUACUCCUCGAGAUUACGGCACGGUUUAUCAAAGGUGCAAGCGAGAUAAAAAUCCAUGUGUGCCGAUGGUGUACAUAGGUAAUAUAUCAUCCUCUCCUCUCAUGCAGAUGCAGGGCGGGUAGGCUGGAAUCGCUGUAGAGAUGGUUGAGAAGUGUAAUUAAGUAGGCUGUUGAUGCAGUUUUUCCAUUUUUAUCUUAAUUUAGAACACACUCUUUGAGUCCCCAAUUUUUUUAGCAUAAUUUAUCACUUGGGAAGCCCUUUCUCUGGGUAGUUUACCAUUAUAAAAGGAAGGGCAGUUGCUAAAAGGAUUCUUACAUCUUUACCUCCUCAUGCCUUAGUUAUGGAAGAACUUAGCUUGUAUCUCUUGCCUUUUGCUCUCUCUGAAGCAAAGUAAUGGCAAAUAACUCAUCCAUUAAAAACAAACGCAUAACAAUGCUUCUUCAGCA